AAACAACCUCCCAUUUCCUUCAACUGUCACUGAACGCCCUCACCAAAUGGUCAACAGAAUCAGGUUUUUCGUUUUCUCCCUCUAAAACUCAAUGCAUCAUCUUCAAUAAAAGGAGAAAAGACCCUCUACCUCUUAUCACUUUCAUGAAUACCCCUCUGACAUUUACCAGCAAUAUUCGAAUUCUGGGUCUCACGUUUGAUGAUAAACUAAGCUGGCGCCCGCACUUGAAAAAACUCAAAGCAGACUGUUUAUCAAGAAUGAAAAUUAUAAAAACACUCGGAAACAAUACAUGGGGAUCUGAGACAAAAAGCCUUCUCAGAAUCUACAAGUCUCUUAUUCUCUCGGUAAUCGACUACGGUGCUAUAAUCUACAAUUCCGCAAAAAGUAAUGCUCUCAACACCAUUAACCCUAUACACAAUCAAGGUAUACGUCUGGCAACUGGUGCUUUUAGGACUAGCCCGGUAGAUAGUAUCUUGUGUAAUGCUGGUGAACUGCCUCUUGAACUUAGACGUCAUACCCAGAUACUUAAAUUCAUAUCAAGAAUCAAAAGUAUGCCCAAUCAUAUAGCCAGUAAGAUACUCCAUAAUCCUCUCUCCUACAACUCAGCCAACAACAGGAAAACUAUUUUUGAAUAUUUCAAAAUUAUCAGUGAUAACCUCGGCCUUCAAACUCAAACAUUGAGCAAAGUACAACAUCCGUCGCCCCCUUGGCUGUGGUCUCCGAAUAUCAACACUCAACUCACCAACUACUGCAAACACUCCACUGACAGCACUAUCAUCCGCAAUCUCUUCUCGGAAAUAAUGUCCCAACAAUACUCCAGCAGCACACACAUAUACACUGAUGCAUCCAAAAAUUCUAAUGGAGUGGGCUUUGCAACAAUCAUAGGUCAUGAAAAUCAUAAAUUCUCUCUCCCUCCUAGCACUAAUAUCUACACAGCAGAAACUUACGCCAUCUUUGAAGCACUGAAAAUCGCCUCCUCCUCAAGUUCGGAUUCUUUCACCAUCAUAGGUGACUCUCUGAGUGCUUUAAUAUCUAUCUCGAAUCCAUACUCCAAGAAUGAACUAGUACAACACAUCCAAAAACUGAUAUCUAUCUCUAACAAAACUUUCUCUUUCAUGUGGGUCCCCUCUCACGUCGGCAUUUCUGGCAAUGAAAGAGCAGAUAAAUCCGCAAAUGAAGCCACACUUCCUCAUAAUGCCUUAAAAAUAAACCUAACUACAUCCUCAGAGUUGCUCGACAUUAUUAACACCAAAAUCUCUGACACAUGGCAAACAAAAUGGACCAGCGUCCCUCUUUCAAAUAAACUGAGAAAUAUCAAGCCCUCUAUAAAAAAAUGGAACUUCUCCUGUAACCUCAAAAGAAGGGAUGAGGUCAUUAUAACCCGCGCCAGAAUAGGCCACACUCAUCUCACCCACUCAUUCCUCAUCACCAAGGAACCUGCUCCACAAUGUGACGCAUGCAACGUGGACCUGUCGAUCGACCACAUUGUCACUAGAUGUCCAAAAUACGCCGUAGCUCGGAAAAUAUUCAAAAAUUCAUCUUCUCUCCGACUUGCCCUCAGCGAAGAAAACACAGAAGCUAUAUACAAAUUUUUUUAUUAUACACAUUUAAACAAUAAGUUGUAAAUAUUUAUAAUUUUUCAUUGUUAUAACCUUCUGCAGGCUAAUAACCUUA